UCCGCCCGAGCCCUUUCUCGGACGUGCCGACCCCGGAAGCAGGGCGAGGGAGAGCACCGCGGGUCACGCAUAUCCGGAAGCCGAGCCCGGGCGGUGUCUGCAGUUCGGCGGGCGGGCGGGAUGACUCUUCAGGCUGGGUGGCAGUUGCAUCGGGACCAGAGCCACUUUGAGGAGCCAGAGCCCGUGACCAUCUCCACCUGGUUGGAGCCAGUGCUCGUCUUUAGCAGCUGACAUCACGAGGAAGGUUAAGGGACCUGGGAACUCUGAGGAGAGUCUUUCCCAGAGAAUGGAGCUUGGGGGCCGAAUUCUCUGGGCCUUUCUUUCUGGCCCCGGGAGGAGAGGAGGCACCAGGGGCUGGCCCUUCAGCUCAUGGCAACCCCAUCUGCCUCUAGCUGGGUCGUUGAAUGCCACAGAGCUGGUCAGCCACUGGACUGCUAUCUUUGAGAAGAGGGGCAUCCCUGAGGCCCAGGCAUCCAGUGAGUACAUCGUGGCUCAUGUCCUUGGAGCCAAAACAUUUCAGAACCUGAGACCAGUACUUUGCACCAAGCCCCUGACCUCUCGGCAGCUACAGCGCGUCCAGGAGCUGAAUAGCCUCCGAUUGCAAAGGAUGCCUGUGCAGUACAUCCUCGGGGAGUGGGACUUUCAAGGGCUCUGUCUGAAGAUGGCCCCCCCAGUGUUCAUCCCUCGCCCGGAAACAGAGGAGCUGGUUGAAUGGGUGCUGGAGGAGGUGGCCCGGAGCCCCUGUGUGGUGGGAGCCCAAGGUGGCCCACUCAUCCUGGAGGUGGGCUGUGGAUCGGGAGCUAUCGCCCUUAGCCUGCUGAGUCAGCUUCCCCAGAGCCGAGUCAUUGCGGUGGAUAAGGGAGAAGCUGCUAUCUGCCUGACCCAGGAGAAUGCUCAGAGGCUGCAGUUGCUGGACAGAAUUCGGAUCGUCCCCCUCGAUGUAACCUUAGAGGGGAGCUGGGCACACCUUCUGUCCUGGGGCCCCGUGGACCUGGUCGUCAGCAACCCUCCCUACAUCUUCCACCAGGACAUGGAGCAGCUGGCCCCUGAGAUCCGCAGCUAUGAAGACCCACUAGCCCUGGAUGGUGGGGUGGAGGGCAUGGACAUCAUUACCCAGAUCUUGGCCCUGGCACCUUGGCUCCUGAAGGACUCUGGGAGCAUCUUCUUAGAAGUGGACCCAAGACACCCAGAGCUUGUUGGCAGCUGGCUUCAGAGCCGGCCUGACCUGUCCCUUGAUCUUGUGGCUGUGCGCAGGGACUUCUGUGGGAGGCCCCGGUUCCUGCAUAUUCGGAGGUCUGGGCCACAGCGUGGCUGCCCUGCGGAUGCCUGGGCAGGUCCCCUGCCUGCCAGAGUGCCUGGCUGAUCGUUCUUCUUGGAAUGCUACUUGGAGGGAGGUGAUGGUACCUUCUAGAACCUAGACGCUUACGACAUUUCUCAUGGUUCUGUGAUUCUACCUUUCUGUAUGUUCUGUAUUUCUAGAAGACUUGGAGGUAGAAGUGAGGGUGAGGAUGUCCUUCCUGGGGUGGCAGAGAACCAGGGCACCCAUAGUUUGGCCCAGAGUUGAGCAGAUCCAAGUUCCUGGUCUGGUUCCAUCACAUCAGUAUGGCCAAGGGCAGGUUACUCAGUGUGUCUGUGGGUGGAAUUGCCUUGGGGAUGUUGGGAGAUAGGGCUAAUAAAAGGUUGAGAGACCAAUAAGUAGU